CCCCAAACUUGUACCCGGAUUUCGAACAUUCCACAAAUCCCAAUCCCAUUGGGUUAUUAUAAAUGCACCAACACUAGGAAACAAGAGCAUAAGCAAGUAUCGUUGAAGCAAACACAAUCAGAAAAGUGAAGAAAUUGAAAAGAUGCAGAAGAGCGCUUCAUCAGGGGUGUCAUUGCUGGGCCCAGGAGGCUUAGACCUAACACACUCCUUCUUCACCUCCAUACUCAACUCUGCACCACCCUCUCCCACUAAGCGCCACAACAAGGUCACUGUAGUUGGCGCAGGAAACGUCGGAAUGGCCGUAGCCCAAACCAUCCUCACUCAGGACCUCGUCGACGAACUCGUCCUCAUCGAUGCCCUCCCCGACAAGCUCCGCGGAGAGAUGCUGGACCUGCAGCACGCUGCCGCGUUCCUUCCACGCACCAAGAUCCACGCGUCCACGGAGUACUCCGUCACGGCUGGGUCUGACCUGUGCAUCGUGACGGCAGGGGCACGGCAGGUGAGCGGAGAGUCAAGGCUGAACCUGGUGCAGAGGAACGUGUCCCUGUUCAGAAGCAUCAUUCCCCCUCUGGUUCAGCACUCGCCGGCAUGUGUUAUUCUUGUGGUUUCGAAUCCGGUGGACGUGCUAACAUAUGUUGCCUGGAAGCUGUCAGGGUUUCCGGCGAACCGCGUCAUCGGCUCCGGCACCAACCUGGACUCUUCCCGUUUCCGUUUCCUGAUUGCCGAUCAUCUUGACGUCAACGCUCACGACGUUCAGGCAUACAUUGUAGGGGAACACGGCGACAGCUCGGUGGCCCUGUGGUCAAGCAUCAGCGUGGGCGAAGUUCCGGUGCUAAGCUUUCUUGAGAAACAAGAGAUAGCGUACGAGAAAGUGACGCUGGAGAAGAUACACAAGGCAGUGAUAGGGAGCGCCGAUGAAGUGAUCCGUCUGAAAGGGUACACAUCGUGGGCCAUAGGGUACUCUGUGGCUAACUUGGCUCGAAGCAUUCUGAGGGACCAGAGGAAGGUGCACCCCGUUUCGGUUCUUGCAAAGGGGUUUCAUGGUAUCCAUGGAGGGGAAGUGUUUCUGAGCUUGCCGUCGCAGCUUGGUAGGGGAGGGGUCAUUGGUGUUACCAACAUCCAUCUGACUCCCAAAGAGGCACAACACCUCAGAGACUCUGCCACCGCCAUCCUUGAGGUCCAAAAUCAACUUCCAAUUUGAACUGCUCCUCAUUAUAUUCAAUAGUCGAGGCAGCUCAAUUAGCUUCUUUAUUUGGUGACUGUUAGUGUUAGGUUAUUAGGUUGUUAUUUAUAUAGUUUACAAGUGAAUAAAAUUUCCUGUAUUGUAAUAUUGCUAGACCAGCAAAUACACCCAGCACUCACACCCUUGUAUAUAUAAAUAUCACAUAUACAGUACAAUAAUAGAUGAUUGA